UAUUGAAGGAAGGAAGGAAGGAAGGAAGCACUGUUCGAAGUAAUGGCGUAGAGUCACUCACAGUUAAAGUGUGCUCAGCCAAGCAUUGAAACUGAAACUGAAACUAGCCAAAUAUCUGUCAAGUAGUUUACGUGUACAUAUAACAUUUACACUGAUAUAAGAUAAUUAUUUUAUAAUAUUAAUUGAUAAAUAUUAUGAUACAAGAAAAGUAAUAUUCUACAUCUCUUUCUCCAUGAAUUAAAUUAUUUAGCAUACUGAGAAAACAUCCGUAUUAUUAUUCUUACUACUUAUCUGUCAACAUAUAAUAAUAGUGAGGAAUAAUAUUGGAGAGGAAAAUCAUGGAUAUCGAGACAGAAAAUGUAAUAAAUCUGGUGUUUCCAGAAGGUAUUUCAGAAUCCUGGAAAGAAAAUCCUGAAUUCUAUCAAUAUCUUUCAAAACUUGGUGGUUUUGAUAUAGAUCAGCUAAGUAAAGAACCUGGUCACUUGUCUGAUGAGAAGAAUGUAGUAUUGCAUACUACACAAGAGUUGGUUUUUGCUAACUACAAAACCUUUAUCCAAACAGCAGAAAAUUCACGGGAAAUACUGAAUCAUUUUAAUGAGACUGAAAAUCGGCUCAACAAGCUAGUGCAAAAAAUCCCAGAAUUUGUGGAAAAAUGUCAAUUGUUUUGCGACACUUCAAAAGACAUUAACGCGCACAGGAGAUUAAAUAGCUUGACCCUAACACGAAAUGCAGAACUGCUUGAGAUCCUAGAGAUGCCGCAAUUGAUGGAAUCAUGCUUGAGGAGCAAUCAGUAUAACGAGGCAUUGGAAUUAUCUCAGUAUGCACGUCAAUUAGGCAUGAAACAUGGAGACAUCUCUAUUAUUUCGUCCAUAGUAGCGGAGAUUGAAAGCAGCUGGUCAGGGAUGGUGGGGCAAGUAGUUGGAUCUUUGAGAGGCGAUCUACCGCUUCCUAGAUGUCUUCAGCUCGUGGGACUGCUACGCUCCAUGGACGCGUUCACGGAACCGGAGCUUCGUAUCAAGUUUCUGCAAGCGCGAGACAGUUGGCUCCAAGGCUUGCUGAAUGCAAUACCGAAGGAAGAUCCUAAUCUUCACAUUGCUAAAACGAUAGAACUGUCCAGGAUACAUUUGUUCAAUAUAAUCACUCAGUACAAAGCCAUGUUCAAUGACGACGAGCUGAUUAUUCCUGGCCGCGAUUUGACGCUGAAUGAAUCCGCGAUAUUUUACCAUUGGCUAGAGGAGAAGAUAUCACAAUUUCUUGUUACAUUAGAGCAAGAUCUACCUGGUGUGACGUCUAUAGAUUCUAUCUUGGGUCAAUGCACGUACUUUGGAUUAUCAUUCGGUCGAGUGGGCGUCGAUUUCACUGGCCGAAUGUCAGAUAUAUUCGUGCGAGUUAUCGGCGAGAAGUUUGAGCAGAACGUACGUAGGACGACCAGAAAAUUUGAGAAAGACAUGGAGACGUUUACGUUAAUCAACAAGACGCAACGCCUCGACAUAAAGACAGAAAUUACAAUUAAUUCUGAAAAUCCGCCCGAGCAACUGGUGGAAUUUUAUCCUUUGGCCGAGUAUUGCAAUGGGAUCAUAUCAGCAUUUAACGAACUACGACUCUGCGCACCGGUGGCACUCUCUACCUUGUGCACGAGACUGUUGCAAGAAUCCUUGCACAACGUAGCCAGAGCUAUGUUGCUAUUUUACAAGCAAGAACAGCAAGCUUUCGCAGCAGCAGAACGAGAAAAUAUGGUUAAGUUCACGGAAUGCUUGAGCGAACAGUUGAUUCCCUAUAUACAGUAUUGCAUACACGCGAUCUUUCCGCCCGCUCAGAUCGCCAUGCAUUUAGGAAUAUCAGUCGGUGUGCUUCAAAAAGAGGAGAUCACGUAUUUAAACAAGCAAAUCAUAUUAGAACCUGUAGCAAUAUUAUUGCCCAUCAAGAAGGAUUCCUUAGUCUCCAAAUUAGUGACGUCUAAUGUACAGUCGUUAACGUCCCACAAUACGAUUCUUCCUGUCACUACAGCGCCAUUAACAGAAACAGUGAUUUCCUCAACGAAGACUACAGAAGAGUUGAAGGACAAAGUAAUACAACACGCGACAGUGUCGAAGCACAAUGUUCAAAAUCCGCAAAAUUCUAACACGUUCUAGUAACACUUUGAAUUCUAGUAAUAAUAUAAAUUGAGGGGUAUCCGAUUGUAAAUUCAAACACGACUAUUUAGCUAUUUGAUAUUGUAGGCAAUGUAAAUAAAGAAAAAUCGCUUUUUUCGACAAGCUCA